AUGGUCGAUAACCUCACGCAGGCGCUAGGCUAUCUCCACGCCGGAGUCACGGGUCCAAAGUAUGGUCACAGUUCUGAACUAGCGCCCAGAAGUCUACCCUGUGGACAUCCCUCUUGCAAGGGUUGUCUCACUAGGUCCGCUAACGCUACCAACCCUCGAGGAAGCAUCGAUGUCUCCCUGUCGCUCACCGCAUCGAAAGCAUCGUGGCUGAGAUCAAGUCUAAUGAAAGUGAAACUAGUGACGAGUUCAUCCCAGAACAGACGACAUCAACCUCCCCAUCCUCAUCGAUCACCAGACACAAACUCUAGGUCGUUGAUCGAGGACGUCGACGAGGCCAAGAGAAGGGCCCAGGCCGGCUACCAGAUCUAGGUCUUAGUACGACAAAUCAACGGGAGGACCCUAACCAUCAAUACCAGUGCCAACGCCACCGUUGGCGAUCUCCAGCGAGAGAUCAAGACGAGAACCAGCAUUGACCAGUCCCAGCAGAGGCUGACCUUCAGCGGUCGGAAUUUGGACGACAAAACAAGAACAUUGUCAUCCUAUGGUAUCGUAAAUCUAUAUAAUAUUGAUAUGAAUGCGAGGCUCCGUGGAGGUAGCCAAUAGAUAUUCUUUCCUCCAUUUCCUUUUUAUCAUCUAUUAUUUGUAUUAAUUCAUUUGUUUAGGCUACACAUAGAAAAUUACAUUGCAUAAGCCUUUACACAUUAUUCCUUAUGUUACAACUGUAAAUCUAUGCUCUGUGAAAUUGCUUAUUAUUGUAUGUACUUGAGUAUUUUGUUGAUACCAUAAAAUAAAUGUUACAUUGAACUGAAUUGAAUUUAAAGAGUUACAUCGAACUGAAUUGGAUUUAAAGAGAAACAUCUUGAACAAUUCAUUUAUCAUUCAAAACAUAAUAAUUAUGUCAUGAUGUUUGUCUUUGAGCUUAACCUCAGCAGCCCCCCCCCCCUUAAAAAAAACGACAAAAAAUAUUUUGUGUUAUAUUUAUUCAUGUGUCAUUCUUUAGACAGAACAGACAAUAGAUAUACGUAGUAUAGUAAAUGUAGACCUGUACAUUCCUAAUCCUAAUAUCGAUGCUUUUCCCAUAAUAAGAUUCAUCUUUUUGUCAAGUGAUAUAUGGUUUCAGGCAUUUUGUUUUCGUUUCUGAAAAGGUUGGCUUCGUUAAGUUAUUUUUUUAUGCAAGUACUAUGAUGAUGAAAUAGGAAUUCGUAGCGUCAAGUUUGUUUAGACAUGUUGCUAGCAUUCGUAAUGUUAUGUAUAUAUGAAAUUAUAUUUUUAAAUUAUAUUUUAUCACCUUAAACAUUCAU